GUUCUGUUGGCCUUUUUGGACGUGGCAGCUGUAUCGCUGGUGGUAUUGCCAGUAUAUAUCUCAUAAGCGAUAUGAUCUGGGGUCACUAUAGCGCCGCACGAUAAGCCGAUACAAUAGGACGAAAAUGGCAUCAUCCCGCCGCCUGGUCACGGACUCCGAGAAGCAGGUUAUCAGGUCAGAUGACAUGCAGCAAAAAUGGUACCAACCGCCAUCAAACCGAAGGGCUAGUCUUGUGAAGGCCUGCAUUGUUACGGUAAUUGCUCUUUUGGGGCUUUAUAUUUACCUUCCGGGAUUAGACUUGGCUUCUUAUUUCACGCCAUGUGCAUUUCAGAGGCAGUCUGUAGUCGGCGAGGACGCUAGCUUGGGUGCAGUGGCGAGCGAGAGCGCUGCAUGCAGUGCUGCGGGGAUUGAGAUGUUGAAGAAAGGAGGUAACGCAGCAGAUGCGAUGGUGGCAACGGUAUUUUGUGUUGGCGUUAUUGGCAUGUAUCAUAGUGGCAUUGGAGGUGGUGGCUUUAUGUUGAUACGAUCUCCUGAUGGCACCUUUGAGAGUGUUGAUUUCCGUGAGACUGCACCGGCCGCUGCCUUUCAGGACAUGUACACCAAUGAUACGAAGGCAUCCAUCGAAGGGGGACUAGCAAGCGGAGUGCCUAGCGAAAUACGCGGCUUGGAGUAUUUGCAUGAAAACUAUGGCGUCCUGCCGUGGUCCACAGUCUUGCAACCUGCCAUAAAAACUGCUCGGUAUGGCUUUCCCAUGACGGAAGAUUUGAUGCGUGCAGUACGCUCGACGGUGAAAGGCGGGAAAACCUUUCUCGUAGAGGAUCCAUCAUGGGCUUUAGACUUCGCACCUAAUGGAACCUUGUUAAAUCUUGAAGAUACCGUGUACAGAAAGAGAUAUGCAGAUACGCUUGAAACCAUUGCGAACGAAGGACCAGAUGCCUUCUAUACCGGCUACAUCGCUGAAACAAUGAUCAAAGCCGUUCAAGACGCUAAUGGUACGAUGACAUUGCAGGACCUUGAGAACUACGGGGUAGUUGUGGGAGAUACUCCCCAGAUUGACUACAGAGGUUACAAAGUCACCAGUACGUCGGCACCAUCGGCUGGCUCUAUUGGGCUAAGCAUAUUGCGGAUUGUAGAGGGAUAUGAAGAUUUCUUUUCACCAGACUCGAUUGCGCUGAGUACACAUCGACUUGAUGAAGCUAUGCGGUUUGGUUACGGUCAGAGAACAACAUUUGGUGAUCCUGCAUUUGUGGAGGGUUUGUACCAGCGCGAGCAGGAUAUUCUCAAUGACACUACCGUUGAAGGUAUUCGACGGCGUAUUUCCGACCUACGUACUCAGAAUAUAUCCGCGUAUGAUCCAGACGGACUUGAAAGCUUGGAUACGCCCGGGACGUCUCAUAUUUCUACAGCCGAUCGCUCCGGAUUGGCGGUUACACUCACCACGACGAUCAACUUAUUCUUUGGCAGCUUGUUGAUGGUCCCCGAGACUGGUAUCAUUAUGAAUAAUGAAAUGAACGAUUUCUCAAUUCCUGGGUCAUCGAACGAAUUCGGCUUCGUCCCAUCUCCCUCCAACUAUAUCCGGCCAGGGAAAAGACCCCUCUCGUCCAUCACGCCUAUGAUCGUCACGCACCCUGAUGGCUCCUUGUAUUUCGUCACCGGUGCCGCCGGCGGCAGUCGCAUCACGACCGCUACCGUGCAAAGCGUCAUUAACGUAAUUGACCGGGGAAUGGACCCGUUCGGUGCGCUUGCCGAGCCGCGUUUGCACGAUCAGUUGAUCCCUAACCGGGUUACGUUUGAGUACAGCUUCAACAACGACACGGUCAAAUCCAUGCAGACACGCGGACACAAUGUGACCUGGGUAGGACCGGGACAGAGCUCCGCCCAAAGCGUGCGACUAUUGCCCAACGGCACAUUUGAGGCCGCUGGAGAGCCACGGCAAAAGAAUUCCGGAGGGUAUGCUAUAUAAUUGGUUAUUUAAUCUGAUCUGUGACUUUAUUUUAUGUUAGAUAUAGAUUGUUUUAGACAGAAUGUUUGUUGAUCAAUAUCAUCCGACUUUCACACUAACCCUUUUUCAUUGUUUCCACUUAAUCCACUGUAUACCAAGACUACAUAGUUAUGUAUAGUAAGGUGGAUUAGAUCAGACAAUAACGAUCCCAUGGGACACCCCGCUUCGGCCCGCGGUUCCAACCCAAACCUUGUUUAACUAACCCCCUCAAGCCAGGACUAAACACACAAC